AUGAGUGCAGCUGUGUCUGAGGAAUUUACUGCCCCCCCCCCCCAAACCCUACUGGAAACUACCCCCCCAGCAGCACCCCCUCACCUCUCCACCCCAUGGAAACUCCACCGCCUCACCCACAACCCCACCACCCCAACCCUCACCCACAACCCUCACCCACAACCCACCACCCCAACCCUCACCCACAACCCACCACCCCAACCCUCACCCACACCCUCACCCACAACCACCACCCCAACCCUCACCCACAACCCACCACCCACACCCACCACCCAACCCUCACCCACAACCACCACCCACACCACCUCACCCACAACCCUCACCCCCAACCCACCAACCCUCACCCACCCAACCCUCACCCACAACCCACCACCCAACCCUCACCCACACCCACCACCCAACCCUCACCCACAACCCACCACCCCACCCUCACCCACCCCACCACCCCACCCACCCACAACCUCACCCACAACCCACCACCCCAACCCUCACCCACAACCCACCACCCCAACCCUCACCCACAACCUUCACCCACAACCCACCACCCCAACCCUCACCCCCUUCUCUGUCACUCCCAGUAACAUCCUCACCCAUUCAUCCCUCCUCUCUUCUUCUCUCCCCUCAUCCAUUCACCUCCUAAGCCCUCUUCUUCUUAGUUCCCCGUUCACCCCGUUCACCCCGUCUCCCCCUGAACCUGAACCUGUGAAGUCAGUGUGA